UCCGUGUCCGUUCUGUUUCUGUUCGUGUGCGCCGCCGCGUCUCGGUGUCGUAGUCUCACCGCCUGGGUCCUCGUCCGAGUUUGGCUGGUGUCGACGGGAUCAAAUUGUCCCACGCCACUGAAACAAGCAGAGUGGAGGUCAGUCCAGACAAGCAACCACAACGGCAUCAUCGAUCGCCCUUGUUCUUGUCCUCCAACCGUCAUGGCAGACGACCUCGAGCAAGACCUGCGGCACAUCCACUGGUCAUGGCCCGAGGCCAUCGCGGCCAACCCUGCACGCUCGCUCGCGACGCCGGACCUGGCGAUGGACUACUUUGCCUUCUCGCCCUUCUGGGACUCAAAGAGCAACAACAACGUGCUGCGGACACAACGACGGAUCGAGAACCCGACGUACGGGCACGCCGAGGAGAAGGUCGAACUAACGGCCUUCCGCACCGGCUUCGAAUACAUCGUCGCGCACGCGCGCGCGCCCGACGUCUUCGUCAUCCACCGACGCGAUGUGCUUCCCGACGGCGGGCGGGGGCCAGUCACGCACGCGUACUUCAUCCUCCAGGACAAGGUGUACAUGUCGCCGAACCUGCACGACAUUGCCGCGACACGGCUGCGCAACGCGACAUAUCUCCUCAGCACGACGUUCUCGGCCUUGUCUGCCGCCAAGCCGGCGGCCAACCCGCGCGCGACGACGCAGUGGCGCGCGCUGCCGCCGGGAGGGAAAGACAAGGAGAAGGACAAGGGCAAGGAAGCCGACAAGGAGCGCAGGGACAGCGUCGCGGAGAGGAGGGAUAGUGUCGCGACGGGUACGCCUUCUGCAGAGGCAACCGCGCCAGCACCAGCAGUGGAGGAGAAGGAGGCCGCGCCAGACUGGCACCUGUUCCACGCGCUGUCGGCGACGCGGGCGAGCCUGGCCGAGCUCGACCGGCUCGCAGCAAGCCCAGAAGCCAAGGCGGACGCCGAGGCCGAGUCGCGCGCGUUCGACGCGCUCGCGCAGGCUGCUAUCGGGCGCGCACCCGCGCCCGCACAUGCACAUGCACAGGCAGGGACGACGCCGCGCCCGCCUCAGCCGUUUGGCACGCCGGCGCCGUUCACCCCCGCCGCGGACGGGUUCCGGCCCCUAAGGCCACAGUCCAACUUUGCGCCGAGCCUCGCGGCCGACUCGCCGGCAGUGUAGAUUGUUGUAGUAUGCAUGGUGGGG